AUGGACAAUCUCAAGAAAAGGCUGGAGAAGGCGAAGGGAAAAUGGACAGAAGAAUUCCCUGGAGUCUUAUGGUCCUAUGGAACGACCCCAAAAAUAUCAACUGGAUUUUCACCAUUUACACUGGCUUAUGGGACAGAGGCAGUCAUACCCGCCGAGGGGAAGAUUGCAUGUGGAAUAAAAGUGUUCGACAAAAUGACUAAGAUGGGUAUUCAACCUAAUGCUAUUACGUGUAAUACUCUUAUACAUGGGCUGUGUAGAACCGGUCAAGUGGGUCCUGCUCUUCAGUUAAAAAACAACAUGUCAAAGUGGAAUCGCAGACCCGAUGGUUUUUCAUAUAAUGCCAUUAUAGAUACUCUUUGUAAAGGAGGUUUACUUGAUCAAGCUAUGGUUCUCUUCACUGAAAUGCUUGGAGAUUCGAAUGUUGUACCCGGUGUAGUUGCUUACAAUAUUUUGAUUAAUGGGUUUGGCAAUUCAGGGCGGUUAAAGGAGGCAAAGAGACUCUUUGACGAGAUGGUUAGUAGAGGAAUUUCUGCAGAUUUAACUACUUAUAAUUCUAUGAUUGAUGGUCAUUGUGUACACGGUCAACAGGAGGAAGCAAGAAGAUGUUUUGAUGAAAUGGUGGAUCGAGGGAUUUCACCCGAUACAGUAACUUUUAAUGUCUUAAUAGAUUCACAUUGUAAUGAUGGGAUGACUGAAGAUGCUUGGGGGUUAUUUAAACUAAUGGACAAGAUAAACAUCCCACCCGACCAGUUUACUUUUAAUUCAAUGAUGGAUGGUCUGUGUUUAGUUGGUCGGUUGCAAGAUGCGGUGCAACUUUUUGACUCGAUGGUAGAUAGGGCCUUGAACAGGAUGUUUUCAAUUACAAUACAAUAA